GUGUGCGGCGUAGCUAUGGCGCCGCGGCGGCCGGCGGAGCUGUACCGGGCGCCAUUCCCGCUGUACACCGUGCGGCUGCACCCACGGCGGCCUCUCGCCAUCACCGCUGGCGGCGGCGGCGCCGCCAAGACCGGCAUCCGCAAUGGCGUGCACUUCUUGCAGCUGGAGCAGAUCGGAGGGAAGCUCAGCGCUUCUCUGCUGCACUCGCACGACACCGAGACCCGCGCCACCAUGACCAUGGCGCUGGCCGACGACAUCAUUGCAGCGGGGCAGGACGCCAGCUGCCACAUCCUGCGGUUUAGCCUGCGGGCGCCAGAGGCCGCGGCCGGACACAACGGCAGCAGGGAGAAGGGGCCGCGGAAACGGAAGGGCCCCAGCCCGGGGGGGCAAGAUGAGACACAGAACCAGACGAGCGAGGUGACGGUAGAGAGUUUGCACAGCGUCCGCACAGAUUUCAGCCCUGACGCCUUGCAGAAAGCUGUAAGGUUCAAUGCAGACUGCUCGCUGCUUGUCACCGGUGGUGCUGAUGGCUUCCUCCGCCUCUGGGAGUUCCCCAGCAUGAAGAAGACACUGGAGUUCAAAGCCCAUGACGGGGAGAUUGAAGAUAUUGCACUGGGCCCUGAUAACAAGGUGGUGACGGCAGGACGGGACUUCCAGUGCUGCGUGUGGCAGCAGGACCAGCUAGUGAUGGGUCUGUGCUGGAAUGAGAACCUGCCUGGCAUCCCUGACAAGGCUUACCGCUACCAGGCCUGCCGGUUUGGGGCAGUGGAGGACAAUGCUGGGGCACUGCGGCUCUACACUGUUCAGGUGCCCCACAAGCGGGAGCGCCGCCCCCCACCCUGCUACCUUACCAAGUGGGAUGGGAAGAGCUUCCUGCCAUUGCUCACCCGGCCCUGUGGCACUGAGGUCAUCUCCUGCCUCUCUAUAAGUGACUCGGGUACCUUCCUGGGACUAGGAACGGUGACAGGCUCUGUUGCCAUCCACAUCGCCUUCUCACUGCAGAGGCUGUACUAUGUGAAGGAGGCCCAUGGCAUCGUUGUGACAGACUUGGCUUUUGUCCCUGAGAGCCGGCAUGGACGGGAGCUGCUGGCAGGGAAUGAGGCCGCCCUGCUCAGUGUGGCUGUUGACAGCCGCUGCAAGCUGCACCUUCUGCCCAGCCGACACUCCCUCCCUGUCUGGCUGCUGCUGGUGCUGUGUGCGGGGCUUAUCGUGGCUGCCAUCCUGCUGCUGCAACUCGCCUUCCCAGGCUUCCUGUAGAACCCUGGCCUGGGAUGGGUCCCCGGGGCUGGGCAGACUUCGCCGGGCCGGGCCCACCCCGUGCAGACUGUGAAGAGGAUGAGGGACCAGCCCCAGCGCUGGCGCUCGGGGUGUGAACGGGGGGGGUCCGGGGACGGACAUAGAGGGGUCCCCCUGCCCCACCGACGCUAUUAAA